AAUUCCAUUGAAGAAAAGUGUGAGAAGUUCACAACCAUUAGUGAGAACGAUACCUUAAUUCAACCGAAUACGAGUAUGACUCCUUCUUCAAAUCACUGGAGCCCUAAAGUGAUUACCUGUUGUGUUGCUGUAGUAGUACUUAUUAUUACUGGAUACCUUGUUACAUCUUACCGCUGCUGGAAAAAAGAAAAAGGGAGUCAACAAAAUAAAGAAUAUCUUAUGUAUACUGUGAGGUUUUCCUGUUUCAAAAGAUUGGUUCCUCCCAGCUUCUGUAGAAACCAAAGGGGAAGUGGAUUCCAAACGGUUGAAACAAGUGAUUUAGAGAGACAGGACAACGGUGUCAUCAGGAACGGAAGAGAUCCACAUGGAAGUGGUGAAAGUGACCAAUACACACUUGAAAGUGAUAACAGUGGAGACACGGCUGCUCCUAAAACCAACGCUCCAUUUGAUCACAGACCAGUGAACGGCUUCAGCAACAUGAGGGAUGAUCCAGGAGGAAAUAAUGGAACUAAUGGAAGAGAAAUGAAAAAGACGGAGCAGCUGGAGAAUGGAGGGACUGCUGCACAUCUUCAGGCUGAGGAAAAAUCACUGCUCCCAGAUCAGCGAGCUGCUGAUGGAGGUUUGGAGAUGGAAGGUGAAGCUGUUGCUUUGGUGAACAAGCUUAGCUCUAACCAGGACCGAGUCAACAGGGGCUCUGAUGCACUAUUUAUUGACGUGGAGUCAACAUCCCCUGAAAAACCUGCAAACGAAAUAUAA